AUGCAUCUCGUUUGCCUCGCGCUCGCCUUCUCGCCUCCGAUACUGCCAGUGACAGUAGCGCCGCGCUGCGCUGCUCCGCGGGCUGGGCUGCUCGACAACAUAGUCGUCGGCCUCUCCGACGGCGUCUCGGGUGCUUUUGGCGGGAAGGCGAUGGGCAAGGUCAUGGGCUACUCGAAAGACGACCGAAUCGCGAGGGCGUCCCACAUCCUGCUGUCCUUCGACGCCUACCCGGAGGGGAGCUCGCCCGACUCCGAGGCGAUGGCGAACGGGCUAAAGGCAAAGAUCGAAGGCGGCGACUUCACGUUUGAGUUUGCGGCGGAGAAGUUCUCCGCCUGCCAGUCGGCCGAGCGCGGUGGCGACCUGGGCGAGUUCAAGCGCGGCGCCAUGGUGCCGGCGUUCGACGAGGCCGUCUUCAAAGUCGUGGAGGACGAGCCGCUCGGCACGAUCUUAGGCCCGGUCAAGACGCAGUUCGGCCAUCACUUGAUCAAGGUGGUGCAGCGGGGAGAGCCAUGA